AUUCCUUUUUCACAUUUUGCAGAUACACUCCCUUCCCUCGCUGUAUCAAAAUACUCCGUCUGUGUUCGAGCUCUCAUUUUUUGCUGUAGUUUGUAGUUAACUCUGCUCCUCAUUGCAUGAUGUUGUCCCUUGUAUUGUAAUGCUUCAUAUAUGAUCUGUCCAAUUUUCAGUAUGGAAGAUGCCAGGCAAAAAAGGCGUAAGGAGGUCGAGGCCGCAGUAGUCAUGCUCAAAUCUUUCCUUUUGCAGAUUGAAGUGGGCGACUUCCUUGUUGGCAACCAGUCAACUGGUUUAUGUGAUGGUGGUUGUGCUGCUAUUGUGGACUCUGGGACAUCCUUGUGUACUGGUCCAACUGCUGUUAUAACUCAAAUCAACCAUGCAAUUGGUGCAGAAGGAGUUGCGAGCGCUGAUUAUUGGGCUCGGUUUCAGCCAUUCCCCAUUUCAAUUUCAACCAAACAAUGGAAAUAGUGUUAAAUGGCUAAGAAGAAGAAGGAUUUUGGUAAAAGGCUUGAUUAUUUUCUUCAACAAUAUGACACCCUUAUAUAGGGCAUUACAAAGCUUGUGCUACAAGUAUUCUUGGGCACCAAGCUAAUAUAUUCUUGGGCACCAAGCUCAUGUAUUUCUUAGCCUCCAAGCUAAUGUAUUUCUUAGCCUCCAAGCUAA